AUGGAGUUUCUGCUCGGUGGUGCUUCGUCCAUGUGUGCCGUACUGUUUACGAACCCGUUCGACGUGCUCAAAACCCGCCAGCAGCUCGAGGGUGAGCUGAUAGCGAAACAGAAUCUCAAGGAGCGAGCGUACAAGGGCAUCCGCCAGUCCGUCCUCACGGUAGUCCGAACGGAUGGGUUGCGCGGUCUGCAGAAGGGGCUUCCGGCAGCCCUACUCUACCAGUUUUCCAUGAACGGUGUCCGGCUGGGGACGUACCAGACGGCGGAGAAUCUCGGCUGGACGAAGAGCACCAGCAAUCCAUCGCUAACGCCACUGCUUUCCGUGUUCUGGGGCGGAUGUGCCGGUCUCGCAAGUGCUACCGCAUCCUGCCCAUUCUACGUAGUGAAGACACAGCUCCAGGCCGUCACUUCCGGAUCCUAUACGGCAAGGUUUCAGCAUCAUCACAGUGGGACACUCUCGGCGUUUGUGAAUAUCUACCGGCAGAGUGGAGUUCGGGGACUGUUCCGUGGGUAUACGGCCACCCUAGCUCGGCUGGUCGUUGGAUCCUCCGUCCAGAUGUCAUCGUUCAGUGCGUGCAAAGAGUUCUUCCUGCGGUAUCAAAUAUUCCAGGAAUCGAUUGUGCUGACCGCGCUGGCGAGUAGUACGGUGGCGGGAUUUCUGACCAGUGUGCUAAUGUCACCGUGCGAUGUCGUCACGACACGCAUGACCAAUCAAGCCGUAUCUGCCAACGGAAAGGGCCUGCUGUACACCAACAUCUUUGAUUGCUUCCUGAAGAUCUACCGAUCGGAAGGUAUCCAUGGUUACUACAAAGGAUUCGUCCCGAUGUAUCUGCGCGUUGCUCCACACACGAUGCUUAAUCUUACCUUCUGGGAGUUCUUCAAGGGUUUGCACGACCGCUACGGCAAGCAACACUGA